AUAUAUCAUGUGACAUAUUAAUGACUAGUGUGACUCACUCUCCUUCACUGUACAUGGCCCAAACAAAUAACCAAAAAAAAAGAGUAGUUGUGUUUGUCUCAAAUCUGAUGGGCGGCUUACCGUUCAUGAAUACCAGUAGAAAAAACGAAAUACAGAGGAUCACUAAAAGGAGAAAUCCCUUUUUAAAAAUGAUGGUCUUAUCGUCAUGCAUCCAUAAUGUGCAGUCUACCACUCAUCCUAUAUAGCUUUGUAACAGUUAAAUGAAAAAGUAAGUUAAUCAUUAAUGGAGAAAAUCCCUUUUUAAAAAUGAUGGUCUUAUCAUGCAUCAAUAAUGUGUAGCUUACCGCUGUGCUUAUAUAGCUUUACAGUAGUCUACCACUGUGCUUAUAUAGGUUUAUAAUAGUUACAUGAAAAAGAUCGUAUAUCAUUAAUAGAGGAAACCCCUUUUGUACAAUGAUGGCUUGGAGUAACUGCAGAAUACCCUGCCACUUUGGCCCACCUCAUUUACAUGUGUCGUGAGGCUUUCAAGAACCAGGUAUAACACAGUAGACGCUAUUCUUGUACAGUGACAUGUAAAUGGGUGGCAGGGUAUUCAGUAGUAUAGCCUGAUGGUCUUAUCAUCAUGUGUCAGUAGUGUGUAGCCUAACGCUGUUCUCAUAUAGAUUUACACAAGUCUAGCUCUGGGCUUAUAUAGCUUUAUGAUAUUUUCAUGAAAAAGAUAGUAUAUCAUUGGGAAAGGAAAUCCCUUUUGGAAAAUGAUGUUCUAAUCAUCAUGCGCAAGAGCACAUUACUAUGGGCUUCUGUCAUGCGUCAGUAGUGUGCAGCCUACUGCAGUGCUUAAACAGCUUUAAAGUAAUUACAUACAGUCACUUAUGUGUGUGGCCGUUCCGUUUCUUCUUUCCAGGUUGAUAUAGAUUUUCUGUCCACCAAAAUUGGAUUUAAAGUGAUGGCGAUCAUUAAAGUAGUAACAGUCUUGUUGAGCUGUAUCCUUCACCAUACCCUGACUGCCGGCCGUAAGUCACCCUCGCGAUUCAUUAUUUACGUUUUCAGUUGUUGGAGCUAAGGAAAAUGAAAAGAAAAUAUGUGUUAAAGACACGUAGAAUCUGUAAGCAGCUGCAGAGAUAUCUGUAACCCUCAGUUCGAGUAGAGUUAUGGGAAACAAGGUGGCUGGACUCCUAGUCGAUAAAUCUGGUAUUGACUCUUUGUGGGGUCAUCAGGUUAUGUUGUUUAGGGGCGUAGCCAAGAUUUUUCAAAGGGGGAGGAGGUCAUACUGUGUCAAACAGAGGGUACUCAACAGAUUGUCAUGUCGACCUCGACGCCGUGUUUUACUGAAUGUGACAAAAAAAGACUCACAAAGGUGGGUAAGUCACGGGCACCCCAAGGACCCCCCCCCCCAUCCUUAGCCACGCCCUUGUUCUUUGGCAAGACACUCCCUGGGAGUAUAAAUGAGUAACGGCAAAAUAUCAGGGGUUACCCGCAGUGGACUGGCGCCCCAUCUACGGGAGUGGCAACACCCUUAAUCGCUUCUUUCUAAAGCAAAAUAUGGGGAUUCUACUGAAAUUAGCUGAAAAAACACCUGAUGCCAUUACGGCACAGAGAGAAGCGACGUUGAAUGUAUUCAGAAGUUGACCCACGUUGGUAGCUGCACUACGAAAGAGAAGCCUUAAAUAACAUAUGCUUAUUUUUGUCUAGUUCAUACAGAGACAAAGUUUAUGAAGGAGCCAGAAAAAACCCUGUUCGUUGACUUGGGAUCCAACGCCACUUUCCGAUGGGAAUGCAAUUUCGGCAGCGAGGAGGACUGGACUAACUUUGAGCAAGUCUUUUGGGGAGCAGAGACCGAUAAUUAUGGCAAUAUUGGCAACAAAUUCCUUACGGUUGAUAGCAAAGAAAAUGUGUGGUCCAACCCAAAAGUACCAGGCUCUGUCAUCUCCAGAGCUGUGUGGUCCGGUACACUAAGCCGCGAAAGAUGUCAGCUAGAUUUUCUCUUGAAAAAUGCGAUUUACACAGAUGACGGAACGUAUGGUUGUAUAGGAGUAGUGUACGGGGAGACUUUCAAAAGUAGUCCAAUAAGACUUAUCGUCCUUGGUAAGUGCAAGCAGAAUAUUCUGUCUCAAGAAUUAACUUAUUAUUCCCAAUCAAAUUUUGGAACUAGCACUCAUAGUUAUUACUUAGAAUCUCCUCAGGAGGCCAGAGUUUAAAAACUUUUCAAGAAAAAAAGGAGGUCCUGAGACGCAUGCCUGAGUGUUAGUAUUUCUUUUUCUUUUUGCAUGCAGAUUUCAAGUACUAGUUGAAAGGCAUGGGGUAACACUGUUUGGACGGGUUGACAUUUUUUACAUGCUUUCCGAAUGCUUUUUAAAUGUGUUUCACAUUGCAAAUACACAUAAGUGUACUUAUCGAAUUUUCAUGUCCGUCUCCUGAUUUCACCAUAACAGAAGCCUCAUAUGGGUAUACGCAGAUAUGAGCCUGAGUUUGUUUUUGGGGGAGGUGGAUCACAAGCAUUCACGAGAGAAAUUGAUCUCACUUUUUCUAAAGGUUCUUUUCUCAGCGAUGCCAAGUCGUAAUAUUUUGGCUCCGACGGUAUAUUGUAUAUGCCUUAGUAUUGCAAAUGUGUCAAGAGAUCCUUGCCGCGUGAAGUUAUCUCAGUUCCAAAAGCUUAAGCGACUAAGAUAAUAUCUUCUCCCUCUGCAUAAGCGGGUGGGGGGGAAGGGCGUUUGGGAAUCUAUACCCUUGAGUGAAGAGGGUCAUGACAGGAGCUAAGUGCUUUGACCGAGAACACGACAAAAAAAUCCAGUUAGCGCUCGGACUCGGACCUCUUGAAGCGGAGUCCAGCGUGCAUUGUAACCGUUAGGAUUGGGCGACUCACUUUUAAACCAAAUUUAUUUGAGUCUUAAUUUUUCAUGGUCGAUACUUAUUGUUCAUUACUCUAAAAGUCAAUCACUUAAUGCAGUUAGAUAAGCACUUAGUAAGGUUAUUAAGGAAAUAAUUUAUGAUUAUCCCAUCGGAGUAUGAAUAUUCACUUCAGAAACGCUACAGUAUGUCACAGAAUUGAGUAUUUUCUGCGUUCAUGUUCACAGAUCCACCAAAACUCGUCCGUCGAUCGAACCGGACUAUAGAUAGUGAAGAAGGACAAACGGUAGAGUUGAACUGCAAAGCAACUGGGAACCCUGUGCCGAGUAUGUUGUGGAUGCACAAUGGUAGGAUAUUGCCCAACAAAGCCACAGUGCUCAGAAUUUCAGGCAUCCAGCGGAGCCAAGCUGGUACCUACAACUGUACGGCUACGAACCUAGCUGGUAACGUGUCGGAAGGUUUCUUAGUCAGGGUCGUGCGCUGUAAGUACACCAAAGAGUGCUGUUGGUUUUUUUCCCCCGCAGGAUGGCAUAGAAUUCUGUUAUCAUCAGAUUAAGUUAGAAUUUGUUUUAAGCGGUCAACUUUUGGGUAACAUAAAAGGCCUCUCCCUUGAACAUAGACUCGGUUUGGCGUUUGGCAAUUGCACGGGUGCCGUAAAUGCUUCAUCAUUGGCCUUAGUUAACCUAGAAGUGAUCAACAUUUUACUUCUCCCUAUAAUAUCCAUACAUUCUCCAGCAAGCAGAUAAUGAGAAUACUCAAACUAAUUAGGGAAAAGUUGUUUCCUUGAUCUAACACCAAAUUGUCCCAGUUACUUUACAAGGAAAUGUGACGCAGCUAAAGAGAAGAGUUAACAUUAGAUCUUGGGAGUUCAAGGGUUCAGCUAAGCGGGAGAGCGACCCUUUCACAACAAAGACAGAAUAUCACUUUACGAUAUCAAGUAGAAAAGUGACUAGAAUAAGGAAAAAUAUAAUUCGAGGAUUAUUAGUUGAUCUGAUACCAAAUUUUCAGAACUGACAUCAUAAGUAUUGCACAGAAAACAACAAGGAAAAUUAAGAGUACAGGAAAGGAAGAUAUCAAAAUAAUGUCCAUCUAGUCAUAAUAUUGAUUGGAAAUCUUUCAACAAGUUUGUUGGAUACUAAAAAAAAAAAUAAUCAUUUCAUUUAACGAUGAUACUGAUAAUACUAUAUAUUUGCUAGUUAAAGUGAUGGACAGCUCUAUCCUAUAAUACCUUGUUUUAGCUCGGGGAUAUUGGGCAGUUUUAGGCAUAGACGGGCGCCUACAUCUCAUUCGUGAUUUGUGGGUUAAAGUUAUGGACCCAAUGUUACUUGAGGGUGGAGCCAAUAUUGGUUCUCGUUUUUGCUCCUUGCUACUUUGUUUUAGCUCGGGUAUAUUGGGGAGUUAUGGGCAUAGAUGGGCGCCCGCAUCUCAACCGUGAUUUGUGGUUUAAAGUUAUGAACCCAAUGAUCCUUGAGGGUUGAGACAAUAUAAGUUCUCGUUUUCGUUCCUUAGCUUAAGUUUGAGUUAUCCUCUUUUUUUUUCUCCCUCCAAAAAAGUCCACUAAGACCCACACGCCAUUUUCCAAUUCGCCUCAGAAGGAGAGAAGGUAGCGCCAUCGUGUGAAGUGUUCACUAAUCCUGCUUCAUUUAUUAUAUUUACUAGAUAAACCGUACCACAACCAGAAAGCUAGUUCAAAUCUUACUGUUCAAACAAGAGUUGGUCAAAACAUUACUCUGACAUGCGCAGUUGAUGCCAAACCUCCGGCAGUGUUCGCGUGGAUCAGAGAAGGCGCAAAGGUCUCAGUCGGUGUGAACUCUACAGAAAACCUAAGUAAACUGACAUUCACGCCUAAAAAAGAGGACGACUUUGGAUAUUACUGGUGCUAUGCUGGAAACGAUGUGGGACUAGCAAGUAUUCGUUUUAAAGUGAAUAAAACAUAGAGCAUUUAUCCAUAUACAUUCAGAAACAUCAAAUUGUCGGUUUGCCACUAAACCAGGCAUGUGUGAUUUGCGCUCUUUUCUUAGGGACCAGUCAUUUUUCAUCGCCUGAGGAGAAGAAGGGGAGGGGGGGGGAUUUGGAGGAUUCUGGUUUGUGUUACCAUAAAAUGUACCUGAUCACCGUUAAGGCUCUGCAAUUUCUUAUUUCCCUUCCCCCCUCACUGGCAGUAAAUUUGUAAAAGCCCCCCCCCCCCCUUUUAUACUAAUCUGUUGACGACGAGUGAUCCCCUUCCUUUUCCCCAGAGAACAAUGGGAUAACCCCCAAAAUUUCGAAACCUUUUCCUCUGGAGAUAAAUAAUGACUGCUUCCUUAUCUUUAUUUUCUAUCUGCUAGGCGAAAAAGAAAAAAAGAAAAAAAAAACGACCAAAACAGAAAACCACUCUGUCACACAUUUCGCUGCUACCAUAUGAGUUUAAAUGCUUUUUUUUAAUUGAGCUGCGUGGUCCGUAUUAAAGUAGAUGCAGAAUAUUAUCUCAAAUCAAUAUCUUAUCCCGUUCUGUUGAUAUUUUUGUGUUUCUCAAAGAAGCUCCUUGAAACUUAACAGCAAUUGUGUUUCGUUGGAUCAGUGUUUCAUUGUAUAACAGCUGCUGAUAAAAAACAAACCCUUGCAUUUUUAAGCACCGUAUCGUUAUCACUUGACAUAUCAAGUUAUCACAGCAAUUUUUUUAAACAACAACCUUAAGUUUUGCUUUAGGUGACAUAAGUUAACUCUUGACUCGGUGCCUCCAUUUUCAACAUUUAUAGAAUGAUAAUAUUUUCAUAAAGAUACAAGUCUUUUCCAAGAUAUUCAAAGUUUUGCAAAGGUUCUAGAACAUGUGGGGAAAAUAAAUUGAUAAAUAUAAACGAACCAGAAUAUGGGAAUGAACAACAUGCACAAUUGCUCGCCUACUUUGAUGCCUAUUGAGUACGAAUUGAUUUUUGUUUGGUGAGAUGUAACGUUUUUUCAACUUUCAAGCUAGAUAAAUGAUUAUGCCUUGCAUGAAAUGCGAGCAUGCAAUGUUUACUGUUUCAGUGAUGUAGAGCAAGCAGCCUGUUAUCAGUAUCCUCAAAUGCUACCACAUACAUGAUAAUUGAUAUGGC